AUGGCGCCGAGCUCCUCCCCGGAAACUGGCUUUUCGGGAGGAAGGACCGCCCUCGCUGGCCCAACUGGAGAGAAUUUCGGCCAGUAUCAGAUCCAAAUCUCCCGAAGCCCAAGCACGGAGUACGAUCCGACCGGAGAUGGGAUCGUGGAAUAUUCACCUUCAGAGGACGAAGAGGAGGAAGACGACAUCGACUCCUCGUUCUUGUCCCAAGAAAUAAAGGUUGCUGCAAGCCCAUCUCCAGCAGAAAGCACACCGCCGACCGAGUACGCCGCUUCAUCCAAAUCCACGACUCCAGUGAAGAAGACUCCCCUCAAGAAGACUUCCAUCAAGGAGACUUCCAUCAAGAGUACUCCGCCCAGCUCGCCUCCUACCAAGGUGAAGCUCGAACUCAAGGGAACGCCCCCGGCCCAGGCCCAACAAUCCAAGAAGCGAUACCUCACGGCCUCACCUCAUAGGUCCCUCAAGAGUACUUCAUCCAAACCAAUCCUGGUAGACUUCCACCCUCGCAACUCCAGCCUCGAGCAGAUCCAGGCCCUCAGAGCGCGCCUCGACAUGGGCGAAGAACUCGUCUACAAGACCCAGGUAAAUCUCGUCCAAUGGCAGAACACCAUCGACGCCCAACUCGGAGAUCUGAAAGACGAAGUUCGCAAAACUAACAUCGAGACGAAGAAGCGCCAGGACAAGCUCCAAGACCAGCAGGACCAACUCGAGGAGAAACAAGAGGUGACCGACUCCCGCAGCGCCAGAAACGAGCGCCGCCUCGCAGAGGUCGAGAUCACUAUUGAGGAUGUCAUUGGCAAGCCUCCCAACCUGCCCGGCCUCUUCCCGCCUGGGCACUCGUCGUACUUUAGUGGACCGACGAGUCCCAGCCGUCUUCCCGGAGCCUGGGGUCCCCGAAGCAGCCGCAGCUCGCGCACGUCGCGUACGGGCUCGGCGGCCCCUCUUCCCAGCAUCGAGAUGAGCGAUGCGGUCAAGAAUAUCAAGCCGACCUUGGGCGGUCGCUCUAGCUGCAUCGUGGAUACCGCCUCUCCCCCGGACAUGUCCCCUUCAAUUGGUUCCAAGAGAAAGUCUGAGGACUUAGAGUCUGACGAGCAGGAUGCCGAGGUCAGAGGAGCGAAGAAGCAGAAGAAGAUGGCUAGCAGGGCCAAAAAGCAGCCGGCAAAGAAGAAGAAUUCCGGCAACACAACCAAGACCGCACCCAAGAAGACGACCACCCCGCCGCAGUCACAGAAGCGCAAGGCGGAGGAGGAUCUCGAAGCGGACAACAAAGACACGGGAAAUAAGGACUCGGACAAUGAGGAUACUCAACCUUCUUACAACAGGCCUGGCCAGAUGACUAAAAUGACCCCGUUUUGCGGCUACAAGCCCGUGACCCCUCCAUCCCUUCCCAAGAAGACAGAUACAGCGCCGAAGGGCCAGAAGCGAAAGGCAGAAGACGAGGUCGAAGAGAACGGCAAAGACGAAGGAGAGAAGAAUCAAGACGACGAGUCUGGUAAGAAGCCCAUCAAGAAGGUGAAGACGACCAAGACGUCCGGAAAUGAGCCCAAACAGACUGUUACCACGUCCAAGAACACGACUACAAAGCCCAAGGGCCAGAAGCGCAAGGCAGAAGAGGUCGAAGAGGACGAAAAAGAUGAGGGAGAGAAGAACCGAGACGAUGAGUCUGGCAAGAGACCCAUCAAGAAGGCCAAAACGGCCAAGAAGUCCGAGACGAAACCCAAACAGACUGCCACCAAAUCCAAGAAGACGACUACCAAGCCCAAGGGCCCGAAGAGCAAAGUAGAGGAGGCCCCCAAAGGGAACGAUGGGAAGAUGAAGAAGGAGGAUACCAAAGAGGAUAUCAAGGAGGCAGAGGAGAAGAAGCCCGUCAAAGCUCCGAAGAAGAGAGCUGCCAAGCCCGUCAAGCCGGCGGUGCCGGGAACCAGAACUGGCCUUCGCAGUCAGAAGAAGGAGGCUGCUGCUCCCGCGUAA